UGUCCCAGCCGGCUCAGAGACAAGGCGCUGGCCCCACGCCGCCCGGCCCCAUGUCCUCUCCCGGCCGCCGUAGCAGGGCGGCGCGUUGCGCUGCGCUGGGAGACGUGUGUUUAAGGGGACCCGGAAGGGAGAUGGCAGCCGGGGAGGUUGAUCGGGGCGCCGCAGAGCCGGGGCUGCGGCCAGCCGGGGUCGGACCCGACUGGGAGUCUGCCCUCUUUGAUGAGCUCAGUGACUUGGUUGACACAGGUGAAGUACAGCUGGAUGUGGAUAAUGAGAUUUAUGAAAACAGUCUUUAUAACCUUGGCUUUGAUUUGGACUUGAUGUCUUGGGAUUCAGGCCCUUGGGAUGUGACAAGCCAUACUUAUAUAGAUGAAAACUUGAAGGAAGACCCUCAGUCGCCAGCUACUUCAAUUUGUUCUCUCCCUUCACCAUUAUCAGACUCUUCAGUGCAGCAUGUGCCUGAAGACUUAGACUUCAGCACCAGCUCCCAGAUGUUUCCUCUCUCUCUGUACAGCAAGAGAUCUGGAAGUCAGAAAGAUAAAAAGCUCACUUCCAGUGCUGCACAUCAGUCUGCAAACAGCUCUGUGAAGACACCAAAAAGGUCUAGUCAGACAACAUCCAAACCGUCAAUUCAACCCAAGCCUCUCUUGCUGCCUGCAGUACCUGAAGUUCAGGCCAGCCUUGGCAUUCAGGCUAAAGCCAUCAUUAUUCGGGCUCUUCCAACGCUUUUGCCACUGACAAAGCAGCAGCCAGUUGUUAGUAUCCAGCCGGCCCCUCCUAAAGGUCAGCCACUGGUGCUUUCUCAGUCCACUGUGGUACAGCUCCAGAGUCCUGCAGUUCACCCUGCAUCACAGCCGGUCAUUGCUGUCACUGGAGGGGUCACGCAGCUGCCCAGUCACACUGUGAACGUAGCACCAGCUACAGGAAGCAGUUCAAGUAACCUCCUGAGAAGACAGCAGCGCAUGAUCAAAAACCGGGAGUCAGCCUGCCAGUCACGCAGGAAGAAGAAGGAAUACAUGUUGGGGCUGGAGGCCAGGCUGAAGGCUGCCUUGCUGGAGAAUGAGCAGCUCAAGAGAGAGAAUGGUUCACUGAAGAGGCAGCUGGAUGAAUUGGUGUUAGAGAACCAGAAUCUUAAAAUCCCUUCUCCAAAGAGAAGAGCUGUGUGUGUGAUGGUGAUAUUGGCCUUUGUAAUGUUGAACUAUGGCCCACUUAGUGUAUUUGAAAGGGAUCCCAAUGGAGCUGAACCCAGCGGGAGCCUUGCCCACCGCAGCAGAAAUCUGCUGGAGUUCUCAGCCAGCCAGAAGCUCAACACUGCUCAACAAAUGCCUAACAUCAUCUCCCAGAAUAAGGAGAGGUAUGAACAUUCUGUUUCUGAUAACAAAGCCUUAAUGGUAGUAACAGAAGACCCACUAUUGUAUAUUUCUCCACCACCGUGUCAGCCACUGAUCAACCGGACUGAGUCUCUCAGAUUAAAUCAUGAACUUCGAGGGUGGGUUCAUAGGCAUGAAGUGGAAAGGACAAGAUCUAGAAGGAUGUCAGAUAACCAACAGCAGAAAACAAGAGUUGUCCAGAGCUCUACAGGGGAGAAAGCAGAUUCUCAGCUGAUGGCCAUGCCAAACACAGACCCCAGCAUCAGCAGGAACUCAGGGAAUGAGUUGCAGGUGUAUUAUGCCUCUCCGAGAAAUUACCAAGACUUCUUUGAAGCUAUUCACAGAAGGAGGGAUACAUUCUACGUGGUAUCUUUUCGUAGGGAUCACUUGUUGUUGCCUGCUACCACCCAUAAUAAGACCAGACGGCCCAAGAUGUCUAUCGUGUUGCCAGCAAUAAACGUCAGUGAGAAUGUCAUAAAUGGGCAGGACUACGAGGUGAUGAUGCAGAUAGACUGUGAAGUGAUGGACACCAGGAUUCUGCAUAUUAAAAGCUCCUCCAUACCCCGGUACCUUCGAGAACAGCAAUGGAAUCAGACCAACCCCUUCUAUAGUGCUGCUCGCACCGUCCCUGAGACAGCCCACCCUAUGAGAGCACUCAUGGAAUCACUGCAGUAGCUCCCAGAAGCCUCACAGCUGCAGUCCCUGAGCCCCAGCAAGGAGGCAGAAAUGUUUGGUGAUACAAAUGCAGCCUUCACCACUAUCACUAUUACUAGCUAAACAGCUGGGGAUCCCAGCUCCAGCACUAGGCCCUACCACUUGCAGUUAACCUGGCCUUUCCAGGACUCCUAGAACGGCAGAGGGCUCAGCAUUGAUACGCCUCCUCAAAUGGAACGCUUUAUCAGAACCCUGUGAUACUGCCCUGCUCAUUGCCUUCCCAGCCUUCCUGGUGCACCCUGCCCAGCCUCUUCCCCUGUCUGAUACAUCCCAUGAUGGCCCAGGGCAGUGUUUGACGACAGCCUGGGAAUGACGGCGAGUGAACAGCCAUCCUGCAGGGACAGGGCAGGCAGGUGAAGGAAGCUGGGCAGAAGGGUGGUGAUGUCUGGGAGUGGCAGUAUGGCCUGGUGGCCAGCAAGCAGGGCUGGGGCCAGGAGGACAGGGCCCUACCUGCUGUAUGAUCUGGAAUAACUUCCUUGACCUCUGUAUUUCAGUUUCCUCAUUUGCAAAUUGGGGCUAACCCCUGCCCUACCUCACAGAGGAGGGGGUGCCGAGGUUUGAUUAGCUGCUGUUUAUGGAGACCUGGGGAUUCUGUGGAAGGAGGCUCUGCUAGACUUCUGCUAGAGGACUUCUGCUAGAAGUCCAGAGUCGCAGUAUUUAUUUAUUUACACUCAAGCAUGUUAGCAAACAGGGCAGGAGAAGAAAGGGCAAGUUUAACUGUGGAGGGGGCAGCGAGACAUGGGGUGCCCUAGAACCGACACGUCCUGUAUCUGUGCAGAGGUAGGGCUGCAGCUUUUGUCUGGAACUGUGCACAGUGAACCAUUCUGCUCACAGUCUGCUCUGUACUUUAUGCCAGGAUGGGAGAAAGGAACAGCUGGCCUGGCCUCUGUGGUUCCCCCUACAGGCAAGAAGAAGGGUGACUCCAUGCAGGAACUGCUGCAAAGCUGAGUUCUGCACUGUCCAGAGCAGGCACACACUGCACGGCCCCCUGGAAUCCUCCCCCGCAGAGCCAAACCAGCUUUGCUGCUUGCAGAGCCACUGCCCUCAUGGAGAAAGAAUAGGAACUGGAUUUGGGCUAGAUUUUAAGACUAAAGUGACCGUUGGGAUUCCCCCAGUCUAACUUCCUGCAGCGCACAGGACGUGGUGGGAAUUAUUCCAGUCUAAUAGUUGUCACCACUACAAACUCUCUCUGGCUGCUCAGUCUGAAUGUAUUGCCCUGGAAUCCUAUGCCACAUAUGACCGUCUGUUUCUGACCACACUAAGCAGCUCCUCACUCUCCAGGCGAACGCACUCUUCUCACCAGUAGAAGGGAAUUCCUGCCAUUUGAUUCCUUGCUAGGGAAAUUUGUGCUAGCUCCUUGUGGGAAGUGAAUACCAUUUUUCAAACACUCUCAUGAUUGAGAAAAGCUUCAUCCCCUUGGCAUGCUAAGUUCCCUUCCUAGCGCAGCAGCCAGCAUUAUCCUUGGAUCAUUUGGUCCCUGGAGAAAGCCAAGCUAUGUGCAAUUUAAUAUCUGUGGAAAAAAACACCAGACGCUUCCUUAAAAGGGAGAUUUGGGGAAAAAUACACAAAAUGUUUUAACAACAAACCUUCCUUUGUGCCCUGAGUGAGCAGAGCAUGUUGGUUCACAGUGGCUUUUUAAAGAGCCAGCGCACUUCCUCACCUGCACCUUGUGGUGCACCUUUGACUUGCCAGACCUGCCGCAUCAUCUGUCAUGGUAUGAAUCAUGAGAUCAGACAUGAAUGGCCCUAGCUCCCCAUGGAAAGGUCCUGUCUGUCACCUAGCUGCUGCUACAACAUGGGGCUUGUCUAGAACAGAACUGGAUGGGGCUCCCAUGGAGCAGACAUGCCAGACCCAUGAAAAAAAAACCACAGAAAUUGGGCUUGUUUUUGACUUAAUUGGCUUGUGAGUUGCUUGUUCACUAGUUUUUGGCUAGUAGCUUGUUGCUUGUUUGGCUUGUAACUUGCUGCUUGUUAUAGCUUGUUGCUUCUUUUUUUUUGAUCAGCUCCCAGCAAGCAGGGGCAAGGGGGGGAGAGAGUCAGGGGUGCACAGCGGGCUCACCACAGUCCCAGACUGCAUGCCGGGGGAUCUAGUCACAUAGAGUGUUGGGGUUCUUAGGGAUUGGCUUGUUUUGGCCUGGUUUUGAAAUGGGAUUAGCUUGAUUUUUGUCUUAUUGUGAAAGUCGGGGUGCUUAUUUACCACGUGAAAGUUGGCAACUGUACUAUGGAGGCAGUAUCCCUGCCAGCUCCUGUGUGUGUUUAGAGUCACUACAAUGUAUUUUAGGCAAUACGAGAUUUUUAUUUUUUAAAUGCCAUGUCUGAGCAGCUUGGCUCUGAUCCAAGUUAGGCAAAUCUAGCAAGAAGAAAUCAGCUGAGCUAUUUCUUGUACUUUCUGUUAUGGAAUGUUCAUUUUAUGCUAGUGGUUCUCCAAUCUCAUGGGGUCCCUUUCACUUGUCUGUCCCCUAGUUUGUGAUGGAGCAUGGGACCAAUGCCUUUGAGUAGCCCAAGCUGCAUUGCUGCAUUUGGGGGGAAGGAUAGCUCAGUGGUUUGAGCAUUGGCCUGCUAAACCCAGGGUUGUGAGUUCAAUCCUUGAGGGGGCCAUUUGGGGCAAAAAAAAAAAAUUGGGGAUUAGUCCUGCUUUGAGCAGGGGGUUGGACUAGAUGACCUCCUGAGGUCCCUUCCAACCCUGAUAUUCUGUGAUUCUAAGUUACAGGCCAGACAGCUGAAUGAGAGCAGGGCAGAGAAAUGCCCCUCUAAAAAUUGGUGGGGAGCUGGGCACCAGCUACAAAAAACAGAGCUACCAGCAGAGGUGAAUACCUCCACAGCAGGGAACCACUCUCUUUGGCUACACAGUGGCCAUUUUCCCAGUGCUCCAGAGUAAUUCCUGCAGGCACUGGGAGUCCAUUGUAGGGUGACCAGACAUCCUGAUUUUUAGUUCUUUGUCCCGCGUCCCGACCAAAGCCCAUUUGUCCCGAUAUUGAGGCUUUGGCUGCUCCAGCAGUUUGGUUUUUUUGGUUUUUUGCUUCGGUAACUCACUCUGGACGCCUUUUUUUUUUUUUUUUUUUGCUUCCCCCAUGUGUCCCAAUAUUUUGUCCGUUUCAUCUGAUCACCCUAGUCCAUUGAUUUACAAAUAAGAGUACCUGGAAUGUUAGUGACUGUAAGAUGUGGCUUACACUAGCCAUUAGACCUUGUACCCGCUGGCUGUUUGAGCUCUGGCAGGAGAGCCAAGGUGGUAGCCUCCAGGCACACUAACUAAUGGGAUAUGACAGGAGACAGGGCAGUGGGGUGGGGCAGGGGUUACUUUUACAAAGUAGGAUUUUGCAAGUUUGCUGUGGCUUUCUGUGAAUGCUUGAGAGAGCACAUUCAAACUUCCCAGCUGAUGGCACUGUACAUUUUAGGACUAAUGGUGCUGACUUUCAGGGAUACGUUUUCUGCACAGGUUGAAGGGGAUUUAGCCACAAGAUUCCUGUAACUGCUCAGUAAAACCACUCAGUGACAUCCCCUUCAAGGACAGUGGCUGCCAAUGUUUACCUUCUGAGAGGGGAAGGGGCACAGACACCUCGUUCCAGUCCUUGUACUCAUGUAUUUUGCACCAGUGCUUACAAUGGUGUCUGCAGACGUACCAGCUGAGGGUGGAUGCUGUAACAAUCCAUGAGGAACAUCUGGUUAAAAGCAUUUACUUUGCAGUUAUAUUAACCUUCCUUUACCAGCAUUCUUACACCGCAGAUCGUUGAAGGGAUCCGGCCCUUGGCAAGUGUGAUGAAACCUGUGAUUAAAGAUGUGUGAGUUUCGAAGGAUUGUACUAGACUCUGGUGAUAUUUAAGUAUUUUAACCAUUAAAUUUUCUGUUAAGCUCAUCUGCAUGGCUUCCACACUUGAACUGCAAAUCUCAUUGUGAAAAUAAGUGGUGCUAGAGAGGACAGCAAGAACACUGGAAGCCAAUCUAGAGUCCUUAAGGGUUGAUUGCACAGGUUAAAUUGCAGAGGUCAACUCAUUAAUUUAGGCACCUCAAUCUUGAGUAGUUUGUUUCUAUUUGAAGGGACAGCCAAGAUAAAAAUAGCAUCAUCUUGCUUAAGAACACACCUUCCCUGGGUUACUGAUACCUCGGAUUAUUGAAGUGAACUUCCUUUAAUCAUCCUUUUCAUCCUGAUGCUCUGUUUUUCUAUUUUCCCUUCACUCACUUUAGAUGGUGAAAGCAAAUCUAUUCAGGUUCUUAUUUAUAUAGCCCUCAUCACUGUUUUGAAUCCUGCUGUUCACUUUCAUAUCAGUGUCACUUUCUGGCUCCCAUUUCCAGCACAGUGCUGAUGUCUGUAUUUCUGUCAUAGCAGGGAAAUAUUUAAAUCACCCUAAGAACUGUUUUACUUGAUGUGUUGUUUUAAUUUCAAUUACAUUUUGCAAAACACUUUUAAACAACUGUGGGAAGCAUGUAUUCGAAUGAGAGCUGCAGAGGUCCUAGUCCCCAUGGACUAGAGCCAGCUGGGAGCAUCAGGGAUUCCGUUUGUGUAUCCCUUGCUGACCAGGGAGCAGGCCACACCAUAGUAAAAAUGCGUGUGCCUUGUCUAAAGUAGUGCUGCCCCCUUGCUAGCUCUGGUAGAGCUGCUUUGUGCCGACUCACCCCAUGACACCCUAGCACCAUCCCCAACAGUGACCAGAUUUGGGACUCUCUAUCUUGGAAAGGCAGUAAUUAAGACAUGAGCCUGAUACAGCAGGCUCUUCACACGCUGAGCUCCCAUGCACUUCCUAAAGCUUCAAAUCCAGCCCUAAAUUCAUAGACCCAGUCCUGCAAUUGACUCCCCAGAAAGACCUCAGCACUCAGGGGGCCUGACUGAAGCCAGCAAAGGCGGCCCAGCAGGUCACGGACUGUGAAGCACAUCCUGGAAAGUUUGUAAAAUGGAUGCAGCAGGGUUAUUCUUACCAGAUUAUUUUUGGACCCUCAGAAUAAAAUCCUGUUUGGGGGAUAGGGAAUGAGGCUGCUCUGAUUUCGCCUUUAAAUGAUAUGUGGGAUCACCGUAUGCAAAACAAAAAAACUUUAUUUCAGGCUCAUAAAUGAGUCCAUCUGUGUUUGUAACAAGAGGAAAUAAAAUCAUUUUUAACUUUG